GCCGCUCAGGUGUUUCACAAAGCAAACAUCACAGAAGCUGCAGGAGCUCCGCUUCUGUCCUCUGAACCGAACCACAGCUCAGGUGAUGCUGCAGCUUCUGUGACUGGAUCUUUGUGGACUUGGAUGGAAAACUGAGCAACCAGCGGAUCUGGACCUGCAGAGAAGGUUGCCGGUAGCUACAGUGGUUCCGGUGGAGAUGGGUUGUUUGGGAGGAAAGACGGAUGAAGAACGACUGGAUGAAAAAGCCAAAAGAGAAGCAAACAAGAAGAUCGAGAAACAGCUGCAGAAAGAAAGACAAGCUUAUAAAGCUACCCACCGACUGCUGCUGCUGGGUGCAGGAGAAUCAGGUAAGAGCACCAUCGUUAAGCAGAUGAAGAUUCUUCAUGUUGACGGUUUCAACGCUGAAGAGAAGCAGCAGAAGAUUCAGGACAUCAGGAGGAACGUGAAGGAUGCCAUUGUGACCAUUGUCUCAGCCAUGGGGGCCCUGACUCCUCCCGUCUCUCUGGGUAACCCAAGCAACCAGUUCAGAGUGGACUACAUCAAGAGCAUCGCUCCGCUUUUGGACUUUGAAUACACUGAGGACUUCUUUGAGCAUACUCAGAAGCUGUGGGAAGACGACGGCGUUAAGGCCUGCUUCGAACGCUCCAAUGAAUACCAGCUGAUCGACUGCGCUCAGUACUUUCUGGACCGACUGGACUUUGUCAGGAGGACCGACUACACGCCCACUGACCAGGAUUUGCUGCGCUGCAGAGUGCUGACUUCAGGGAUUUUUGAAACCAGGUUCCAGGUGGACAAAGUCAACUUCCAUAUGUUUGAUGUAGGGGGUCAGAGGGAUGAGCGCAGGAAGUGGAUCCAGUGCUUCAACGAUGUGACGGCCAUCAUCUUUGUCGCAGCCAGCAGCAGCUACAAUAUGGUCAUCAGAGAGGACAACUCCACCAACCGCCUCAGAGAGUCCCUGGACCUGUUCAGAUCCAUCUGGACCAACAGGUUCCUGAAGACCAUCUCCGUCAUUCUGUUCCUGAACAAGCAAGACGUGCUGGCAGACAAGAUUCUAGCAGGGAAAUCCAAACUUGAAGAUUAUUUCCCAGAGUACACAAACUACCAAGUUCCUCCUGAAUCUGUUCCAGAAGCAAAUGAAGACCCCAAAGUGACCCGAGCAAAGUUCUUCAUCAGAGAUGAGUUCCUGAGGAUCAGCACAGCCAGCGGCGACGGGAAGCAUUACUGCUACCCUCACUUCACCUGCGCCAUCGACACCGAGAACAUCCGCCGCGUCUUCAACGAUUGUCGUGACAUCAUCCAGCGCAUGCACUUGCGGCAGUAUGAGCUGCUCUGAAUGGCUGUCGGGGCUCUCCAUUGGCUCCGCCCCUUCCUGUUAGUAAAUCAAAGCAGAGAUGUGUUUAUAGUAGAAAGCAGCAGUUUGUGUUUAGUAGUGAUUAGGGUUUGCACAGAAGGUGGUUUAGUGUGCAGAAAUAAAGCUAUUUAUAGAAACAAUUAAGCUUUCCGUAAAAGUAAAAAUAAACAAUCCCCUGGACCUGGUUUCCACAGUUUGAAGACGUUUUGCUUCCCCUUCCCUUUGUUUCAUGCAUAUAAAAAGCUUUAUAUGGACACUGCAAUGUAAAUAGAGCAGAAAAACAGAAGAAGAAAAGGAAAAAAAGAUCAUUCAAUGUUUUACCAGAGCUGUGGUGUCUGCAUCCAUUAGAACCUGUUUCCAGUGACGAGGACGGACCUGCUGGUUCUGGUAAGACGUCAGGGAGACGUCGUGUCCAAAGGUUUCUUCUCCUCAGGCUGUUCAGAGGUGACGGUGGUUCUCCUUCCAGAUUCUCCUGUUUCUCUGCCUCCUUUACUGCAGCAUGUAAUCAAUGCAGGCAGGAGGCCGACGGGGGCCAGAGCCCCUGGAGAUCAUGUCCUGUUUUGGCCCCUGUACUGAAGAAAAUAAAACUCAAAUAAACUCUGAUGAUGAUCUGUUCUAGAACAGUUACUGAUAACCACUUUG